CGGAAUGUCUCCAAGAAACUGACAAUUGUAAAUUUUGCCUAAUUUAUUAUGUCCCUUUCUCCUAAGGUAAGAGAGCGUGACACAGGCUCGCUUGCAUGUGUUAAGCAUAUACCUAGUGACAACCACCUCUGAGAAUUCACCAGUAUCUCUAGUUUAUUAUUCUUAGUUGUUUACUUUAUGAACUUUGAUAGAAGGAGGAAUCCUUGCCGUCCGGAUUUGGUUCUAGUAUUAAUCUAUUUGCUAGAGCUUCCCUAGAAAAGAACUGAAAGGAGAUGUCAUAGUCAAGGAGAAAUGAUUUUUCUUUUACUUAUUGAGAAUAUUUUACUAAGCAUUGUUGCAUAAAGACAGAGACAGCUGCUUAAAAUAUGAGAAUAGGCAGAGAAGACAAGAGGGUAUCUCGCAGACAAAGCUACAGACAAGCCUCCUAGAUAUUGUCCAUUUCUCUAUCCUUCCAAACUUAAAAGAUAAAUCCCUAAAAUACACUCUUGCUUGAGCCACCAAAUAAAUUUUUAGCUGGUGCCUUGCUAUCUAAGCUUGUAGCAAUGGGAGUUCCUCUUGUCUCCUUGUUUUACAACUUUUUCGUCUUUUUCAUCCUUUCAUCUUCCAAUGUAACUGCUCAAACAUCUAGCACAGACACAGACUUUUCGUGCUCAUUAAACUCUUCCCUGUCUUGUGAUACUUAUGUCACAUACCGUGCCCGUCCACCAAAUUAUUUUGAUGUGGGAAGUAUCUCUGAUCUUCUUGAAGUCAGUCGUUUGAGUAUAGCUAAGGCCACAGGUCUAGCCUCAGAGGACACCGAGCUAUUCCCUGACCAGCUUUUGCUCGUACCCAUUAAGUGCUACUGCAAUGGUUCUCAUUAUUUCUCCAAUGUCACCUAUCAGAUGAAGAAAGGUGACAGCUUUUAUUCAGUUUCAAUAGGAGCUUUUGAGAACCUUACUAAUUAUCAUGUUGUGCAAGAUAUGAAUCCAACACUAGAUCCAACCAACUUGACAGUUGGUGCAGAUGCCGUUUUUCCUUUGUUCUGUAAUUGCCCCGCGCAUUCUGAUCUUGAAAAGGGACUUCAGUACCUUGUCACUUAUGUGUGGCAGCCUUGGGAUGAUAUAUUGCCUGUAAGCAAUAUGUUUGGAGCAUCUGCAGCUGACAUUCUGGCUGCAAACAGUUUCAGAAAUUUCACUGAUGCAAUAUGUCGUCCUGUCUUGAUACCGGUAAGACUUCCUAUUAUUAUGCAAUCUUACCCCUCUUCUACAAGCAGUAGAAAAUCCAAACGUAGAUGGAUCCUCAUUCCUGUUUUAAGUAUUAUGGGGUUGCUUGUAGUUUUUUCAUUUUGCUUGAUGGUAUACAUGCGGCUUCUAGAGGAGAAGAGGAGGGCUAAUUUAGCCCGUAACUCUUCUACUCUUGAAACUUCUGAUCUUUUUCAUACCAAGAAAGCCUCCAAAGAUGAAAUUUUGGACCAUAAGAACAUUCAAGAUAAGCUUCUUCCUGGAGUUUCUGGCUAUAUCGGAAAGCCAAUAAUAUAUGACCUGAAGAUCAUCAUGGAGGCGACUAUGAACUUCAGUGAGAGGUACAGGAUAGGAGGAUCAGUGUACAGGGCCACGAUUAACGACCAAGUUAUAGCUGUCAAGAAAACUAAACAAGCAUCGGAGGAAUUGACGAUACUUCAGAAGCUAAAUCACGCAAAUCUGGUGAAACUAAUGGGCGUUUCAUCAGACAAUCAUGGGAAUUUCUUUUUGGUUUAUGAAUAUGCUGAAAAUGGCUCACUGGAUCAGUGGUUGUUUCCCAGACCGUCAUCCAUGUCUUCUGCCUCUGACUCAGUGGUAUCGCUUGGUUGGAGCCAAAGGUUACAUAUAGCCUUGGAUGUUGCAAAUGCUCUGCAAUACAUGCAUGAACAUACUCAACCUAGUAUUGUUCAUGGACAUAUCUUAACGUGUAGCAUACUUCUUGAUUCAAGGUUUAAAGCCAAAAUUGCAAGUUUCUCUACAGCCACACAUGCUACCAACUCAAUGAUGCUGAAAGCCGACGUGUUUGCUUUCGGGCUUGUGCUGUUGGAGUUGCUUUCAGGGAAGAAAGCAAUGGAAGUUGAAGUUAUGGGAAUCUUGGAAGUUGAAGAUAACAGAGAGGAGAAGUUUAGAAGGUGGAUGGAUCCAAAGUUGAGCUUUUACCCUGUUGAUGAUGCUCUAAACUUGGCUGCCUUAGCAACAGCGUGCACAUCGGAGAAAUCAGCAGAGAGGCCUAGGAUGACAGAUAUUGUCUUCAACCUCUGUUUUCUUACUCAAUCAUCUUUUGAAAUGUAUGGGAGGUCUUGGACUUCAGGUGAACCUGAGGAGAUUGUUCAAAUUGUUAGCCCACUAAUAGCACGUUGACUUAAAGAUGGAGCGUAAAUAUAGAGCCCGUUUGGAUUGGCUUAUAAGUUGCUUAUAAGUUGUUUUCAGCUUUUUUGAGUGUUUGGCUGGUCAGCUUAAAGUCAUUUUGUGCUUAAAAUAAGCUCAAAAAAAUAAUUGGGCCCAUUUGACUUAGCUUAUUUAAAGCAGCUUAUAAGCUGAAAACAGCUUAUAAGCCAAAAAAAUAAGUUAGACUAUCCAACUUAUUUUUUUUUAGCUUAUAAGCUGCAAACAGCUUAUAGGCAUAAGCCCAACCAAACAGGCUCAUAGCCAAGAACUUUGUCCAGUUUGUCUCAAAUUUGUAACAUAUUCUGGAUUAUAAUGCAAUGGGAAGGAUAAGCUGAUCUCCAGAAUAUGUUGCAAAUUCGAGUUCUAGUGUCCAGUUAUUCCCUGUAUUUCUGUUGCAGCUAAAGCAGUUGCUAUUGUAAAUUCUUGUGUAGGAUGUUUUGCUCAACCACUUAACUUUGAAAUAAGUGUAUGUAGAACAAUUUGAUAUAUAUUUCCAUCUUUCACUCUCCAAAAAACGAAGAAAAACUAAGUUUCUGAAAAGACAAUGCAAACUCGUUCUUAAAUAUAUUUGAGAUGUAAACAAUACAGACUAGUACUGGUUUAAUUUGUAAAACAAGUUCUCUAACUUUGUGCAUCCAUCAGUAUUUGUGCAAUGUCUUUCCUCCGUCCUGCUCGAAGACAGCCUGUUUUCCAUUUCUUAUUUUCAACAGACCAAACACAAUUUCAUAAAUGUCUAUCUUCAGAUUAACCUGACAAGCUUCAAGAUUUUCGUAUAAUGUGAUGUGGUGGAGUUUGUGAAAAGCUUCAGUAUUGGCAAAAUAGCAACAAGUUGACUAUGUUUUAUUCUCAUACCGGUCUUGUUCUUAUUCCAAAGGUUGAAUCUCCUACAACUUUUGCUGGUCUUAGGCCAAGUAGUCUUAGCAAUUU